AUGUCUUCUGAAAUCACGCCCACGAACUCCGAGGACUACACCGUGGCUUGGAUUGCAGCUCUGCCACACGAAAGAGCGGCUGGGGAGAUGAUGUUGGACCAUGAAUACGUGCAGCCGAAGAGUUUCACUAAGAAUGUUAACGACCCUAACAGGUACUCCUGGGGUCGGAUCGGCGAACAUCUCGUUGUGAUUGCUUCUCUGCCAGCUGGCGAGUACGGGACAACAUCUACAGCGAUCACAGCUCAAGGACUGCGUUCUUCGCUCCCCCACAUUCGUGUUGGCCUACUUGUAGGCAUCGGAGCCGGUAUCCCUGGAGAAAAAUGCGACGUCGAUGGCACCGUCACAGUCAGGCGCGACAUUCGUCUCGGCGAUGUGGUAGUGAGCAGUCCUGACGGCACCAACGCAGGAGUGGUGCACCCACCACUAGCGCUUCGCAAUGCACUCUCGGCUCUGCAGGCCAAGCAUGAGUACCAAGAACCGAAGAUCCCAAGCAUCUUAAGCGGAGCAUUGGGGAAAUACCCGAAAGCCGCACCAAAGUACAGUCGUCCGGCUGAGCGAUCUGACAGGCUAUACCGGGCUUGUUGCAGUCAUACUGGCGGCGAGGACUGCAGGAACUGCGACCAAGCAGGAAAAAUCCAGCGUGCUCCGCGCGAGGACUCUCAGGUUCACUACGGCACAAUUGCCUGCGGCAAUACUCUGGUUAAAAGUGCUGCAUACAGGGAUGAGAUUGUGAGCUGGCUGUACAAGGAAAAUGUGGAUCCCUUGUGCUUUGAGAUGGAAGCUGCUGGACUGAUGAAUGCUUUUCCUUGUCUAGUGAUCAGGGGCAUAUGCGACUACGGUGAUUCCCACAAGAACGAUGCGUGGCAAAGAUAUGCUGCAAUGGUAGCGGCAGCCUUCGCAAAGGAGUAUCUCGGCUUUGUUGAUGUCGAAGAAGUCAGAAGAGCGCCUAGCCUCCACAAGGUGCUUGGGGAUAUUGGGGAUAAAGUUGAUGACGCGCUCGAAGGCAACCGGAAGAUACAAUCCACUUUGGAAACGGCAAGAGAAAUCGAUCAACGAGCAAGAGUCGCCAAAUGGCUAGCGUCCUCGGAUCCCUUCACAAACCAUCACAAAGCGCUGCAGCAACGACACAGAGGGACCGGUCGCUGGUUCCUCGAGAGCAGUGACUUCGAACAGUGGAAGGCAAGUCCGAAGUCUUUCCUGUGGCUCCACGGCAUACCGGGUUGUGGCAAAACAGUCCUUAGCUCCACCAUAAUAGAGCACCUAGAGCAGGACAUGACCUGUCAACUGCUGACAUACUUCUACUUCGACUUCAACGACAAGGACAAACAGUCCCUCGACAGUUUGCUGCUCUCUCUUAUCGUACAGGUCUACCAAUCACAGCCAGCCAGCCGGCCGCCUGUCGAACAACUAUGGGCCUCUCACGGCGAGGGAAGCCGAAAACCAUCUACGAGCGAUCUGCAAAGUGUACUACAAGUCAUGCUGAGUGGAGUUGGCAGUGUAAGUAUCGUCUUGGAUGCCUUGGACGAGUCGAAGCCAAGGCAUGAGUUGCUUGCUUGGCUGAAGACGCUUGUCGAAAGCACGCACUUCGCUUGUCGGCUCCUAAUCACUGCUCGAAGGGAGGUAGACAUCGAGUCAGCGAUUCAAUAUUGGACACGUGCCGAGGAUAGGAUACCGAUCCAGCAGAAUGAAGUGAACAAUGACAUUCGUGCAUAUGUAAAAGACAAAGUGCGCAAUGGAGACGACCUCGAGAGAUGGCGUUCUCGGCCAGAUCUGCAGGAGGAAAUCGAGACCAAGCUCAUAGCAAAGGCUAAUGGGAUGUUUCGUUGGGCCUUUUGCCAGAUCGAGGAACUAAGAAAAUGCUACGACCCACCAAAACUCCGCAGCGCACUGGAAAGCCUACCGGACACACUAGAUGAGACGUACGCUCGGAUCUUGGAAGGGAUACCUAAAAACAACGAACAAGAUGCGACGACAAUCCUAAGACUCCUGACGUGGUCCGAUAGGCCUCUGCGAUUGGAAGAGCUGGUAGAUGCAAUCGCAGUGCAGCCCGAUGCGAGACCCAGAUUCGACCCUAACAACCGCAUGCCCGUGCCUAGAGACAUCUUGAGGAUUUGCUCCAGUCUCGUGGUAUCUAUACGACACAACAAUAACCAAAAUGGUGAGACUGAGGUGACAGAACUUCGACUGGCACAUUUCUCUGUCAAGGAGUACUUAGUCUCUGAUCGUAUCAAAUCAACCUUCUCGAAUUAUCUGGUAGACCGCACGACAAGAGCGAGCCUGGCGACACUGUGCCUUGCCUAUCUGUCAGAUUUGGACCACAGUCUGUCGCCUGACGAACUACGAGCACGAUUCGCAUUCUCUCAAUACUGCGCGAGGUAUUGGACAGAUCAUGCCAAAGUAGUCGACGGAGGCGACGAAAGAUUGCAAGUUCGAAUCCUAGAAUCCUUGAAUGACAGGGAGAAUGGCUAUCUGACAUGCUAUAACCUGUAUGAUCCAGAACAGCCAUGGUCAAGUGAUAAUACAGAAAGGAAGACGGAUAAGCCUGCUUGCUUAUACUACACAUCUUUGACAGGGCUGGUCACAAGUGUUGGUGCAUUGCUCGACAAGGGCGCAGACGUCAACGCGCAGGGCGGACGCUACGGCAACGCACUACAAGCAGCUUCACUAGAAGGCCACGACAAGAUCGUGCAGAUGCUGCUAGACAGAGACGUCAACGCGCAGGGCGGAGAUUAUGGCAACGCACUGCAAGCAGCUUCAGCAAGAGGCCACGGCGAGAUCGUGCAGAUUCUUUCUGAACACAUAACACUGCUGCGAUGUUCCAGUAAGCUUGAGGAUAAUUCAAGCUCAGGUAAGAAGCGGCGCCGAGGCCUCCUUGCCGAGGAUGCAGCUAAAAGGUUUAAAGCAGCUGCAUAUGGUCAUGAAAUCUAG